AUGGCCGAUGACAUGCUAGUCUCAAAUCUAUUCUCUGUAAAGGACAAGAUAGCAUUAAUUACUGGUGGUGGCACAGGAAUUGGUAAAAUUAUUGCAAAAGCAUUCGUGAAGAAUGUUGCAAAAGAAUUAACAGAAAUGGGUCCAGGAAAAUGCUUCAGUAUUGAAGCAGAUCUAAAUUCAAAAGCUGCUUGCGAAAAGCUAGCAGCUGAUUUUAAAAAUUUAGGAAAUGAUAAACUCGAUAUUUUGGCGAAUAAUUCUGGUAUAGGGUUUCGAUCUGCCCUGACUGAAUAUUCUGAAGAAGAUUGGGAUACGACCUAUACUCUAAAUCUUUGUGGCAGUACAAUCGAACUAAGUUCUAUAUAUUCAUUUAGUUGUUUGCCAUUGCUCGAAAAAGCCAGUAAAAAACCAGUUGAUCCUUCAAAGGUUAUCAUAAUUGGGAGCAUUCUCGGGAUAAACGUUAAUGCACUUAUUCCUGGAAUAGUCCCCGUAACCGAUAGAACAUAUGAUAAAAAUAUAGCCCUUAGUGAAGUUCCUCAAGGUCGUCUUGGAGAUGAAUUAGAUAUGGCAGGAGCAGCAUUAUACUUAGCUUCGCGUGCCGGUAGUUGGGUAACUGAUGUUGAAAUUGUAGUUGAUGGCGGAUGUCUUUUGCGCUAUAAAUUAUCAGACUAA